UGGCAGCUUAAAACAAGACAAGAAUUAUGCACUAGCACGUCCCGAGUCUGCAAACAUUCAUGUUUAGAUGCAACGAAUGAUUCACAUUGUCUUGAGCGGUCAAUAAAGAUGCUGAUGGGAACAACAGCAACAAAUAUGGAAAUGUUGAGCUAUAUUCAUAGAUAAUUCAUUCAAUCUAGUUUUCGCUCAUAAUAAUAGACUACCUGUUCUUUCUACGUAAGAGGUUGUUGUUUGUAAUAUGAUUUAUUUAAAAUAAUAAUUUCUGAAUGCUUCUUCUAGUUGGUAACAUUCUAAGCAUUUCAACUUACACACAUUGGUCAAUGCAAAGAAAUGAUGCCAUGAAGUCAUUUUCGAGAUUAUUUAACUGGCUGUGACUUCACGGGUCGCGUCAACCAAGAUGGCGGCCAUGGAGAAAAGCAUGGCAUCCAUGCUUUGCAUUUACCAUCAGUUUUAUAUUGUAUUCAGUUUCUUACGCCUAAGAAGAUGUAUUUUAGAAGCCCCCCCCAACCCCCUCCCCUUUUCCCACACCUGCCCCAAUAAACUAACAAUGAAUCAAAUGUUUAUCUAACUGUAUCUAACUAGUGAAUGUAAAAUAUUUGAAAGCAAGGUGCAGGUCUGAGUUCGAUGGAUGAGGCUCACGAGUCGUUCACAAAGAGAAAGAAGCAGGAGAAGACAACUGCAGAUGAUCCCCGUUGGAAGAGACCGGAUGCAAACCUCCUACAUUACAUGUCGAAACUCAAAGAGCAAUACCUGCAGGUGGGGCUUAUAAUAUGGUCAUGUGAUAUCUGUUAGCAAACCCUGCAAGUAUGCGCACCCCAAGGCCAGGGACAAUCAGCAAUACCUGCAAUUAGGUCAACCGUCUUCAGGUGAUAUCACCAUUUACCAGUGCCUUGAUGCCAUUGUUUUGUCGGCCAAACAAGGCACAGAUUUUUGGGGGAGGAAAGCCAGAAGAGGCAAAUUCUCCCUAAAACAUUCGUACUACUUCCAGCUUACAGUUCCGACACUGGUCUUACUUACAUUGAGUUCUAGUGUUAACGCUAGUUCGAUUACUGCUGUUAACUGGAGCUCGACAUCCAAAUAAAGAACAUUAGGAACAAACAUCAAUCAAAAAGAAACUAAGAAAUAAAAACAAACUCAUAACAAAAAAACAACAACCAAUAAGUUUGAACGUUAAGCAAAAGGGUAGAUUCAACUCACAUCAACUUUUUUUUAUCAGGGGUCGGGUUCACUGUCCCUCAGGCACUGUUGGGGGGCUGGACUAUGGAAAGAAAAUAAGGAACGAAUUGAGAUCAAAACUGCACAUACCUUUCUGGUCGUUUGGUUUUUUGUUUUUUUUUUAGUAGGGGGGGGGGGGGGGGCGACAGAUUAAAAAAUAUUUCACCUUAAGAACAAUAUUAACAAAGAAAAAUUGUAGGUUGCGUUAAUGUGAUACUCAAUGGCCGGUUGCAUCCAUAUCUGAGACUGCCACACGGGUACCAGUCAAUGGCCGGUUGCAUCCAUAUCUGAGACUGCUACACGGGUACCAGUCAAUGGCCGGUUGCAUCCAUAUCUGAGACUGCUACACGGGUACCAGUCAAUGGCCGGUUGCAUCAAAAUCUGAGACUGCUACACGGGUACCAGUCAAUGGCCGGUUGCAUCCAUAUCUGAGACUGCUAUACGGGUUCCAUGCCGGCGACCAGUAAGUUCCGUUUAAUAACCCCUGGUGAGCAGAAUCUGACUCACGAUCCGUAAUUUGAGGACCCUCGAAUUGAUCGAAAAAGUUUCUAUCACGUGAGAGAAUAUAGAUAUAACCAAUAAAAGACAAUACUAAACAAACGACAAGUGUUGAUGCCUUCAAAAUGAGAUUUUAUUUGACAUUCCAGAGACAAACAGAAUACGACCAACAGGCAAAGCGUCUACAAACCGAGUACGAACAGCAGGCCAAGAGAGGACAACCAGAUUACGACCAGCAGGCGCAAAGAGGACAGCCAGAUAACGAUCAGCAAGCGCAGAGAGGACAACCAGAUUACGACCAGCAGGCGCAACGAGGACAACCAGAUAACGACCAGCAAGCGCAGAGAGGACAACUUGACUACGAACAGCCUGCCAAAAGAGGACAACCAGACUACGACCAGAGGGCAAAAAGACUACAACCCGAUUAUGAACAGCAGACAAAAAGAGGACAACCAGAUUACGACCAGAGGGCCAAAAGAGGACAGCCCGAUUAUGAACAGCAGGCAAAAAGAGUACAACCCGAUAAUGACCAGCAGGCCAGGAGAGGACAACCCGAUUUUGACCAGCAGGCCAGGAGAGGACAAUCCGAUUAUGACCAGCAGGCCAGGAGAGGACAACCCGAUUACGACCAACACGCCAGGAGAGGACAACCAGAUUACGACCAGCAAGGGAAAAGGAUGAAGAUGUCGGAUGUUGUGAAAGAGGAUGCAAAAGAUGCC